GCGGGCAGCUCCACCAUGUCGGACAGUGACCCGGGGGACGAGGACGGCGCCACAUCCCCUGACCCCUCGCAGUGCAAGAGGAAGAGAAGGGGCAACCUCCCCAAGGAGUCGGUGAAGAUCCUGCGGGACUGGCUGUACGAACACCGCUUCAACGCCUACCCCUCGGAGCAGGAGAAGCUCAGCCUCUCGGGGCAGACCAGCCUCUCCGUGCUGCAGAUCUGUAACUGGUUCAUCAACGCGCGGCGGCGGCUGCUCCCCGACAUGCUGCGCAAGGACGGCAAGGACCCCAACCAGUUCACCAUCUCCCGCCGCGGGGGCAAGGCCGGGGACGCGGCCGUGCCGCGGGGCGCUGCCGCCGGCCCGGGGCUGCUCGUGGUGCCGCCCGCGGGCGCCUCCAAGGUGCUGUCCAUGUCGGUGUGCCCGCGGGUGCUGUGCCAGCCGGCGCGGGCGCUGGCCGUGGUGAGCGCCCACAGCCCCGAGUGGGAGAAGCCGCCCGGGCCCGAGGCCAGGGCGGGCCCCGGCAGCAGCAGCACCCUGACCCUGCUGGCGCGGGCCGAGGCGGGCAGCCCCACACCCGGACUCUUCAACACGCCGCCCCCCACGCCCCCCGAGCUCUUCGGGGACGACUUCAGCAGCUUCCAGCUGCUGGUGGAGGUGGCCCUGCAGAAGGCGGCCGAGCUGGAGCGGCAGCGGCAGGGGGGGCAGCUGCCCCCCGGAGCCCCCAAAUAA